AAUUGUUUGGCAGAAAGAGUAAGCAGUGAUCUGAAGGUGGGACCUGAACUCUCUAUUUACGGAUGAGCUUGGCAUUUAAUAGAGAUUCACAUUUAUUCAUGUAUUUUCAAGAGAUGACCUUGUGGUAACCUAGUUCCUUAACGACAAGUUAAAAUAAUUGGGCUAGCUCAUGCACAAUCCCUCCUUUCAACGUUACAACAUCUGCCUGUCCUUGUACUAUAUUUGGGCACUCUCCCACCUCUUGUCUCUUACCCUUCCAGACAGAGUCUGCAACAAUGACUCAUAUUUAGAGACAUUGACCUUCCAAGUGACCUGAGACCAGGGAUCAUAUUCAAUGUUCUCAAACCCUGUGGAUAUGUUUGGCAUGAAAGUACCCUGGAUGUGCAAGCUGUGUGUCCACAGAUGUAUAGCCUGAUGGAUAGGUGCCUCUUGUCAGUAAAGACCCUGAGAUCACACUUCUUUGCACCUCAUGUAUUUCUUGUGAUGCCAAAUCUCCAAGGGAUUCAUUAAUUCACUUGUUAAUCCAUGCUCCUUUAAAAAUACGUGUGUUUGCCAGUCACUGUCCUAAGCAUAAGUUGUGAAGGCCAAAGCCCUACUCACCUCAUUGCCACUGAUCAAAUCAUGGCUGUGGUUCAUAUUCCAAGGGAGGUAAUAUUUUAUAUUUGUAUAGUUAUCACAGAGCAGUUUUAGAACUGCUUUCACAUACAUAUUACUUUUGAACCUAUCAAUGAUAGGACACAGACCAGGGAAUUAUUGUUAUCCCAUUUUAUUUAUAAAUAAACUGAAGAAUAAAGGCAAUUUUCUAAAGUCAUAUUUCUUUAAAAUGGUGGAAACUAAAUUAGGAACCAUGUCUUCUGACUGCUGAAUCAAUACCAUUUCCCUCUCCACUGCUUCCAAACUAACUUCUUCCUUUAUGUCUGGAAUGACACCUUUGAUGAAACCUUUCUAGAUUGCUCAGUCAGAAAACAUUUCCCCCACUUUGGAGUUCCUAGAGCACUUUGUUUCUGCAUCUUGUAUAGGUCGUGUCACAUUAUACCCUCAUUAUAGCAUAUACUUCUUAUUUUACUUACAAAACUAUAGAUUCCCAGAGGGUAGAGACCAUGAUCUAAAAAUGUUUAUUCCAAAUGAUGUAUAGCACAGGGCCCUGUACAUAAUAAGAGCUCAAUAAAUGCAGAAAACAUUUUCUAUAAAGAAUAAACAAAUUAACAUCUCUAUUACCUUAUUAACCCACUUAGAUUUCUUAUCCUGAUUUCUGAGUAAAUUUGAUGUUCCUUCAACUUAUAUACAGGAGUAAAGGGAUAUGACCAUAUCAUACCCACAAGUAUAGAUAAACAUGAUCCAGGUAUAAAAAGGAAUUGAUAAGAGGAUGAAGAUACAUCUUCCUUGUCAGCUGGACAUAGUUUGUCAGUGCACAGAGCAUUUCCCUAGAGCCAGGACAGACCAGGUAUAAAUGAGCCUCCUGGGAAAAAGACAUGGGCAAAACAGGUGAGUGUUAAAUAUACUCAUCUUCCCUGGCUCAAGUCUUCUUGUCUUAGUCCUGCAAUACCUACCACACAGUCUAAGAAGAGACCAGACUUGGAUCUCCAGGAAGUAUAAAAAUCUGCAUAUCAAUUUGCUUCCCAUGAUGCGUACAAACGUAUGAAGGAUUUUCCAUUCUCAGGAGAAAGCAAAUGGAUCAUGGUGAGUAGUUGGAGUUACCAAGAGAGAUUGGUUGAUCCUUGAAAGAAGCUCAAGAAAGAUGAGGAGGGACUUGGGAAAAUGGCAGCACGCAUCAUUCCUGGACAAGAGAAAGAAUGUUAAGGGAAAUAACUAGAGAAAUGAAGAUUCAGGGAACACUACAUCUUUGCGUAGUUGUGAGGUCUUUUGGGUUUUGAGACAGGGCACAAAGGAUAUGUUUCUUAUUCUAAAAGUCUAUCAGUGUCUGUAUUAUCUUUGAGAAGAAGCACAAGGACUGAAAAAUAUACUAUAGUACGAUGAAAGAAUUUCUUUCCUUGGAUACCAUAGACGUCCCAAAGCUCAGUGCUCUCAGUUCUGAAAGCCAGAAAAAUAGAAUUCUACAUUUCUUCAUGCUUCAAAUUAGAGCCUGUUGGGACAUGCAUUUUCAGCAAAGAAAAUGGAGGAAAAUAUGAAGUAGUAGGUGUGUGCUUGACUAUGUGGAAACAAUACUUUAAAGAGAAGAUCCAGAAGCUCUGAGUGAUCUGCAACUCAGAGCUCUUCAAAGAUGCUAUAAUCCUAUAAUCAAGGAAAGUUGAGUUAUGUUAUUCCAGAGAAUAUAACAUAAAAACUGAGCAAAGAAAGAGAAUGAAGGAUUGAGUGUGUUUAGAAGUCCAUGUGAGUGAAAAUAUGUGAGCACUCAUAAUUGACUAAAUAUGGAUGGGUGUUAUGCAACAUAAUUUAUAGCAGCUAAUGUUUGGUCCAUAACCAUGGGCCAAGUCCUAUGUUUAAUGCUUUCUGUGUGAUGUCUCUUUUAAUUCUCACAACACAAUCUAGUAAGGUAGGCAUUAUUAUAAUUAUUCCUAUUUUACAAAAGGUGGUAUGGAAGUAUAUACUUGACAAGUGACCUGUAUAAGGCAAUACGCCCCCUAGGUAAUGAAACCAAAACUAAAAUCUAAAAAUUAGUGCUCUAAACCAGUACGUAAAGGUUAAUGUGUGGAAAAUAGUGUGGCUGAUGAUGGAAAUGAGGAAUUUUAUCCAUGUCCUGAAGACUCAGAACUGCUACAUUGGUGCUACUUCCUGCUAGGGCUAUAACAUAUUCUCUGCUCCCGGAAACAGAUGCUUUUCACAAGCAAAAGCACUUUGUCGAAUGCAUUGAGGACCGAGGCAAAGAAUUCUUUACUAGUAAACUACCUCACAGAUGAAAGUGGAAGUGUGAGGCUGAGAGUAAGAGACAGUCUCUUCCCACACAUUAAGCCUCACUGAGUUCUGCCCACGUGUGUUGUUAUGGAAAGGAGGUGGUGGUGCUAAUAACAGGCAUUUCAGUACUUCAUCCUUUACUCCUUUGCUUUGAGUCACAGCCAGAAGAUCUCUAGUCCUGUGGAAUAUCAAGGUGAACCCUGAUUGACCUCUUCCUCUCCAUAUGCAAAAUGAACAGUAUAUUGGACAAAUAAUUUGGCAGAAAGAGUGAGUAAUGGACUGAAGGCAGAACAGGAAUUCAGGCUUCAUGGAUUAGGGAGGCAUUUAAUGAAGAUAAACAGUCAUUGAUGUGUUUUCAAGAGAUAACUCUGUGGUAAUCUACUUCUUUAGCCAAAGAUUAGAAUUCUCAGACUAGCUCACAAAUAAUUCUGCCUUCCAGUCUUACAGGACAAGUCUGUCUAUGUACAGCACUCUCCUGGCCUUUUCUCUCCACUCUGGUCCAGAACCUGAGACAAUGACUGAUAUUUAGAGAACCUGACCUACCAAGUAACAUUAGACCAGGGAUCAUAUCCAGCAUUCUCAGAGCUUGUGAAUAUGUUUGUCAUGAAACGACCUUCUGUGUGCAAGCUGAGGAUGUGUCCACAGAUGUGUAGCCUGAUAGAAAGGUGCUUCCUGCCAGAGAAGUGAGAUCACACUUCCCUGCCCCAGAUCUAUAUCUUGUGGAUUACAAAGCUCCAAGGGCUUCAUUAAUUCACUUGUUAAUCCAUAUUCAUUUAAUAUUCAUAUGUUUGCUUGUCACUGUCCUAGGCAUUGGGGUCAUUGUCAUGAAGGACAGUCUUGAGUUUUGGAAAAUUGCAGGGCAGUGAAAAGAAACCUGAAUGCAUGAGGGGGUUGUGCACCGGGAACGAAUGCUAUUGAGGCACUUGACCCAGCUUUGGGAGAUGUCUUCUAAGCGGAACCUUGAAUCUUGAAUCAGCAGAUAAAGAUUGGGGAAUGGGCGAAACUGGAGGAGGGAAGAGCGUAUGCAGGUGCCAGUGAUUGCAUUGUGCAUGGGAAGCAGAAACUAGUAGAGUGUGUCUCGAGCAUGGAAUACCACUUAGAGAGUCAAAAGACAUGAGGCUGGAGAAAUAGGUGGGGAUCAGUAUAUCAAGUACUUCCUAUGUGUGAUAAUGAAAACACUUCUACAUUUAUCCAAAAGCAAUGGGAGAGUCAUUAAGGAUUUUUUCAAGAGUUAUAUCAUUUUUUAACUUCCACAGACUCUAUUCUGAAGAAACUGUGCUGAAUCAAAGGACAGCAUUCAAUGGAUCACCCAGAUAUUAACCUUUGUUUCCUUUCAGGCAGGAAAAAACAAAACUUUGUGCAGUGAGUUCCUAACUGAACAGAGAUCCAGAACCAACAAGGGAGAGACUAUCACCUAUGUUCACUGACAAAGGAGCUGGGAAUGAUAUGCAUAGUGACAUUCAAGUAUUUCAUCAGGUAAGUGAGAGUCAGAGGUGGGAGUACAUUUUGAUUCUGGGAGAGUUCCGUGAUAAACAAAGAAACAGCAACAAAUAACUUUCAGGAAUUUGUGUGCUUCACAUUAGAAGAUGACUCCGUAUUAACCAAAGUUAUUUUUUGAAUUCAUUCACAGGGAAGACUGAUUUACUAUCUUAUCUUGAUCUCUUGUCUGAUGUCAUAGUCAUGUUCGUUGUUUGUGGUAUUGUCACAGAAGACUUCAAUACCUCUCAGGGCUCUUAGUCAUGCUGGAGGAAAACAUCACUCUGGUCAGCGAGUUCAUCCUGGUGGGCUUCCCCACUGCCCCAUGGCUUCAAGUCCUGCUCUUCUUCCUCUUCCUUGUGGUCUAUCUGCUGGUGGUAGUGGAGAAUCUUGUCAUCAUGCUCACUGUUUGGGUCACUGGCUCCCUCCAUAAGCCCAUGUACUAUUUCCUGAGUAGCUUGUCCUUCCUGGAGGUCUGGUAUGUCUCCGUCACAGUCCCCAAGAUGCUAGAUGGAUUUCUCCUGCGUAGACGGCACAUUUCCUUCACAGGUUGCAUGACCCAGCUCUACUUCUUUAUCUCACUAGCCUGCACAGAGUGUGUGCUUCUGGCAGCCAUGGCCUAUGACCGUUAUGUGGCUAUCUGCCACCCUCUCCAAUAUUCAGUCAUCAUGACCACAGGUUAUUGUGUGCAGCUGGUGGCUUUCUCCUAUAUGACUGGUUUCAUGAUCACCAUGAUCAAGGUCUAUUUCAUUUCAAAUGUCACCUUUUGUGGUUCCAAUGUCAUGAACCACUUUUUCUGUGACAUCUCACCAAUCCUUAAACUGGCCUGCAAAGACAUGUCCACAGCUGAGUUAGUGGACUUUGCCUUAGCUAUUGUCAUUCUUGUCUUCCCUCUUACCACCACUGUCUUUUCCUAUGUCUACAUUGUCUCCACUAUUCUGCAUAUACCCUCCAGCCAAGGGAGGAAGAAAGCCUUCUCCACCUGUGCAUCCCACCUCACUGUAGUCAUAAUUUAUUACACAGCCAUGAUUUUCAUGUAUGUUCGGCCCAGAGCUAUUGCAUCAUUUAAUUCCAACAAACUAAUCUCAGCUGUGUAUGCAGUCCUCGCACCCAUGUUAAAUCCCUUCAUCUACUGCCUUAGGAACCAAGAAGUCAAGAAUGCUAUCAAAAAGACUGUGGGAGUUGUCCAGUGCCUCUUGCUUAGCUGAGCUCUACUUCCUGGAGGAGUCAGUGUUCCAGCAAGGAUGUCAUCCCCAUGACACUUAUCAUGGUUCUGCAUAAAAGCUUGCUCUGUAGAUCUAGAAUCUUAAA